CACGGUGAAAGCGAAAGACAAUCUCGACUCGUCAGAAAUCAUAAUACUUUCUUUCUUGACUUCGAAAUCACAAUCAUUGGCACUGUGACGCACGGGUUCCUUGUUCAUUAAACUCACUCAGUUUGCCUAGACGAUGGAGUAGUAGACAAGCACAAAAUACAGGCACAGCACAAGACGGCACCGAGCCAAGAAUCUUGUAGGAUCUGUCAGGCUUUCAGCUCCACUGGAACUGCCUUCGCUCUGUGCACUUCACUUAGCAGAAAUUAGCAGUACUCCGCGGCUGCCACCCAAUGGAGAAGGCCGCCUCACUCCUCUCCUCCCUCCUCCUCGGCGGCGGGGAGUCGCCGGAGCCGGCGGCGGUGGUGAAGUCCAUCUUCAUCUACCCCAUUAAGUCAUGCAAGGGCAUCUCCGUGCCCCAGGCCCCAAUCACCGCCACCGGGUUCAGGUGGGAUCGACAGUGGAUGGUGGUGAACUCCAAAGGGAGGGCCUACACCCAGAGGGUCGAGCCCAGGCUCGCGCUGGUCGAGGUGGAGAUGCCGCCGGAGGCCUUCGCCGAGGACUGGCGUGAAAGAGCACUAACAUGGCGAUCCACGCCCGACGCUCACAUGGUUAUCAGAGCACCCGGAAUGGGCCCAUUGAAGAUCCCUCUUGUCGCGGAACGCGCCACAGUUGAUGAUAUUUCUGUGUGGGAGUGGUCUGGCUCUGCAUAUGAUGAAGGAGCUGAAGCAGCUGAAUGGUUCUCCACUUUCUUUGGGAUCCCAACUCGACUAGUGCGCUUUAAAGAAGUGUUGGAAACUAGACUGACCGAUCCUGACUACUCUCAAGGUUACAAAACCAUGUUUAGUGAUGGCUUCCCUUUUCUGAUAGCCUCCCAGGGCUCACUAGAUGCACUAAACGAGAUUCUUAAAGAGCCUAUACCAAUGAACCGCUUCAGACCAAAUAUUUUAGUGGAUCGAUGCCACCCAUACUCAGAGGAUCUGUGGAAAACAAUAAAGAUAAACAAGCUAACAUUUCUAGGGGUGAAGUUAUGCGGCCGUUGCAAGGUGCCUAGAAUUAAUCAGGACAAUGGGAUACCUAGCACCACCGAACCAACUGAAACCCUACUGACAUUUCGGUCCGAUGAAGUGCUGCGCCCAAGUCACAAAAAUAAACGCCAGGUGUACUUUGGGCAAAAUCUAGUCUGCAAGGAAUCGCUGUCUGCAAAUGGCAAUGGAAGGAUCAUCAGGGUUGGCGACGCAGUUUAUGUUCUUCAGUCGUUCUCUUCUUCUGAUGAGGUGCCUGCCUGAGUCAGGGCUAUGUAGCAGCUGGCUUUCUGUGUUCCUGUGCGUGCAAGAGACCACGAAAUAGAUGAAUAAUUUUUGUAAGCAGCAGUUUUUUUUUUCUCUGACCACGAGGAGAGACUCCCA